GGCUAGGCUAUCUCCGUCAGAGACAUCUCCGACGUCCCUGUCAGAAGCAGCCGGAGAUAGACCAAUCAAAAUUAAAUGCUUUGUGCCUCUUGACCCGGAAGUGGACGUUAUGAAAAGCUUCCGCGAUGCUCUUUCUUUCACUUUCGGCAUCAGGCUGCUAGGCAGCGUUUGUUCAGCGCUCGUCCGAUACGUUCACUUUCACUGUCCUGCUAGAAUCUAGAUCCUUAGUCAAUUCUCCCGAUUUUCCUGAUGAAUACACUGAUGGAACCGGGGCAAAAGUUUGAUUCUUUUCAAAGUUUUGAGGCCGCCCUGAAAACCUUUGAAAGAGAGCGAAAUGUCCUCUUUGUCAGGAAGUCUUCGAAGCAGAUCGCCGUGCAUCACCCAGAAGCUCUCCGUCUGAGAUAUGAGUACAUUCGUUAUGAAUGUAAACAAGGGAGACACCGGGGUACAGAGAGUACAGGCAAAAGACCUCACCGAAACACCCUGAAGAGCAACUGCCCAGUGUUUAUGAGAGUGAAAAAAUAUGAGCAAGAUGGGACAUUUGGGCUCCGGAUAUCUACUGCCAACCACAACCAUGACCACCAGCCAGUGUUGAUUGCAGCAGCAGGUAGGUUCAGAAAAGAUACAACACCCUCCCAGCCCAGAAGGAUCAUGUCUGCAGUGCCAGCGGAGAAGAGAGUUGUGUACCCCUUCCUGGGUCGCUCGGGGAUCCGUGUGUCCAACUUGUGUCUGGGGACCAUGACCUUUGGAGACUCUCACCUGGGUUUGCCCGGCCAGUGUACAGAAGCCGACGCCUUCCAGAUCAUGGAUCGCUUCUCCCAGUGGGGCGGGAACUUUAUCGACACGGCAAACAUCUACGGCAAAGGCAACUCUGAAAUGAUCGUGGGGAAAUGGCUGUCAAAGCAGCCGAGAGACAAGUACGUGCUGGCCACCAAAGUCUUCUUCGACAUGGGCUGUGAGAACAACGUGAACAACCGAGGCCUGAGUCGCCGCCACAUGACCGACUCCCUGGAGAGGAGUUUGGAGCGGCUCCGCACCAACUACAUCGACCUUUACCAGCCCCAUAUGUGGGACGACGGGACGCCACCGGAGGAGAUCCUGAGGACCCUGGAUGACCUGGUGCGCUGUGGGAAGAUCCGCUACGCCGGCAUGAACAACGUGUCGGGAUGGCAGAUGCAGAAGUUGGUGGACACCUCCAAGGCUUUGGGUUUGAACCCCCUCAUGAGUUUACAGCAACAGUACAACCUGGCGUGCCGCGAGUCGGAGUAUGAGGCGUUCCAAGUGUGUAAGACGGAGGGGAUCGCUGUGUUGCCGUGGAGUCCUCUCAAGGGAGGUCUGUUCUCCGGGAAGAUAACGAGGCACUCUCGACCCACCGAAGGUCGUCUGGGCUGGGUGGCGGAGAGAGAGGACAAGCGACACUCCCAGGUGGCGCCGGCCUACUCCUACCUGGACGACACCAUCUUCAACACCCUGGAUGUGGUGGAGAGGAUUGCACACAGGCAUGGUCGCAGCAUGCCCCAGGUCGCUCUCCGCUGGCUGCUUCAGAAAGACGUGGUCACCUCGGUGAUUAUCGGGGCUCGAACCCUGCAACAACUGGACGACAACAUGGGCGCUGCCAGUGGCUGGACGUUGUCGAGGGAAGAGAUGCAACAGCUGGACGCAACGUCGCAGCGCCCCGUGCCGUACCCGUACGAGAUGCUGUUCCGGCUCAACAAGGAACGUUUCAACAAGUCCGUUAUGGAUUAUCACGUUCAGUCUCAGGGCUAGUUAUGUUCACGACACGGUUGUAACACUUUUGUCGUCACGUCUCGCCGAUCGGCCAUGUUAGCCACACAGUUUCUUUGUUGGAUUUUCUCCAAAUACCUUUGUCUUGGAUGGCAAGGGUUUUUACAGUAUAGUCACUUUUAAGGACAAGCGGGCUAACCCAGAUUUCGGAGGUUUCCAGAAAU